UAGUAUUCUACAAACCAACUCCACACGUAGAAGUAGAACCAGUCAACAACCCACAACUCUCCUUUCCUCUUAUUUUCUGUUAAACAAACAAAAUGGAAAAGAAAAAUACGACCCAGUUUGCAAAAUUUCUUCCCCCUUGACCUUUCCACCUUUCCCCUCCAAAUUCCUACAACUCGGCAGCAAACAAGCAAAGCCACCAUCGCAUUCAACUGCUAUUUCCUCUCCACUUCCGAAUUCCCUCAAGAAAAAUUUCGAAACAAACAGCCCUUUAUAAAACCCCCCUCUGAUUUCCCUUUUCCCCUCUCAUCUCAUUCUCACAAUUCUCUCUCAAUUCCCUUUGGUGAGAGAGAGAGAGCCGUUCAAGAGAACACAACCCAAAUACCAGGGCGAAAAGUUGAGCAGAACCCAUUUCUCAGAUUUCGCUACUCUCUUCUUACAACCAUAAAGAUCAAUCCUUUUUUUCCAAGUGUCCGCCAUGGGUAAAUCACUUGGAGCUCUCAUCUUUACUGGGUUCCUCCUCUUCCUUUCCUUCUUCACCUCACCGUCCCAAGCCCAAACCUGCAACGGCUUGGCCUUACCAAGCAACCAAGUCUACUCAACCUGCGUAGAUCUACCAGUUCUCACCGCGUAUCUCCACUGGACAUUCCACCAAGAGAACUCCACCGCCGAUAUAGCCUUCAGAAAGACUGGAACUUCACCCACCAACUGGGUCUGUUGGGCUCUGAACCCUAGCGGAGGCCAAAUGGUUGGCUCCCAAGCUUUGGUCGCUUUCCAGCAGCCCAACGGCUCCAUGACUGCUUACACCACUUCGAUCGACUCCUUGGGCCCUUCCAUGAGGCCUGGGACCUUGAGCUUUAGAGUUUCCAACCUCAGAGCUCAACAUAGUAAUGGGGAGACUUUGAUCUUUGCUACUUUGCAUCUGGAUGCCAAUUUGUUGUCGACCAAUCAGGUUUGGCAAGAGGGCCCCUUGACCAGUGGGGCUCCUUCCAUGCAUUCCACUACUGGGGAUAAUGUUAGGUCGAUUGGCACCAUUAAUUUCCAGACUGGUGCUGCCACUGCUGGUGGUGGUGCCAGUAACUCAAGACUCCGCAAGAGGAAUAUUCAUGGAGUUCUGAAUGCAGUGAGUUGGGGAAUUCUGAUGCCUUGUGGAGCCAUGAUAGCAAGGUACGUGAAGGUGUUCCACGUAGCAAACCCAGCAUGGUUUUACCUCCAUGUUGCCUGCCAAUUGUCUGCCUACAUCAUUGGUGUUGCUGGCUGGGGGACGGGUCUCAAACUCGGCAGUGACAGUGUUGGAAUUCAGUACAACAAGCACAGGAACAUUGGCAUCACCCUCUUCUGCUUUGGCACCCUUCAGAUGUUUGCCAUGCUGCUGAGGCCAAAGCCAGACCACAAGUACAGAGUGUACUGGAACUUCUACCAUUACGCGAUCGGGUAUGCGACCAUCGCCCUCAGCAUCACCAACAUCUACGAGGGAUUCGACAUCCUCAACCCGGAGAAGAAGUGGAAGAGCGCGUACACCGGCGUCAUCAUCUCCUUGGGGGUCACUGCUCUGGUGUGGGAAGCUGUGACAUGGCUCAUUGUCAUCAAGAAGAAGCGGGCUGUUGGGUCUGCUGAUAAGUAUGCCAAUGGUGCGAAUGGAGGAAAUGGAUAUGGUGACAGGACACAGCAGCAUGCCUAAACCCUCUUCCUUUUGAGAAUGAUUCAUUUGUUGCCCCUCCCCAUUAGUGUGUAUUUUCCUUUUUCCCUUCUACUUUUUUUUUUUUUUUUUUUUAAUUUUCCUUCGUUUCUCUUCUUUUCUGGGUCUGUCCUUGCGAGUUUAGUGUUUAUACACUAUAUGGUGGGAAGGGCUUGUUUUACAGGACUCGUUGGUUUGUAGAGAGCGUCUAUUCUAUUUUGGGAGAGAUUUGAUUGAUGGUUUGAGUGAUUGUACGUACUCCUAUAGUUUAGAUCUUGUCACAUAAUAUAUAGAGACCAUUUGUUUUGUAUGUGAUUCUUUCUUCUACC